GCGGCGCUGGGUCCGGGGUGGGGGGCGGUGGGGCCGCACUGUCUCUCAGCCUGUAACCUGCGCGGCCGGCCCCAGGGCCAUGGGCGGACAUCCCGGACCCGGACGGAGAGGCGGGCCCCGGCCCCCAAGCGGCAGGUGUGGGCGCGGGAGAGAACGGAGCCCUAGCGGGAUGAACGUGGACAGGCCAGCCCUGGACUGAAGGCCUGAUUCCCGGCUGCACGCGGGCAGAGGAGCCGCGGAGCCGAGCCCCGGAACGUCGCCUUCAUCUUCCUUCGCUGUCAGGGUCACGUGGCUGCCCGAUGGUGGGGACACUGGAGGUUUACCCCGUCCACACCUUGUGGGUCCCAAUUCUUGAGGGUACUUCUGCCCCCGGCCUCCUGCCUGGUCGCGUGCCUCUCUCCCUGGUUCGUGCCAGGUCCUUAGCGCCUUGGCCUGGCUCUGGCCACAGCGCAGGCCUUCUUCAGCGCCACCCCACACUUGCUGGCGCUUGCUCCUCAGUGCUCUCUUCCCCUGCCACCCAAACCAGGAGGGGCUGGGUGGGGGCUCUCCUCCCGCCCAUAGCCAGCUUCUCUCUGGCGGCUGCACUUCACCCGCUCUCUCCAUUCCUUGGGGCCACCUUCCUGGUCGGGACAGCAUCACCUAACCGCCUCCCUCCUGCUCUCCCUGUUGUUCCUGCUGUGUUUUCGAAUUUGCUGGGCACAGUCUAUCGGUGUGGAAACUUAAAUUUUACAUGCGAUGGAAAUUCAGUUAUUAGUCCUGUGGGAAACAGAGUGACGGUGUUUGACCUUAAAAACAACAAAUCCAGCACUUUGCCCUUGGCCACUCGGUACAACGUUAAGUGUGUCGGGCUGUCCCCAGACGGCCGCCUGGCCAUCAUCGUCGAUGAAGGGGGGGACGCGCUGCUGGUCAGCCUGGUCUGCAGGUCCGUGCUCCAUCACUUCCACUUUAAGGGCUCCGUGCACAGCGUGUCCUUCUCCCCUGACGGCAGGAAGUUCGUUGUCACAAAAGGCAACAUCGCUCAGAUGUACCACGCCCCUGGGAGGAAGCGGGAAUUCAACGCGUUCGUCCUGGACAAAACCUACUUUGGGCCGUACGAUGAGACCACGUGCAUCGACUGGAUGGACGACUCCCGGUGCUUUGCGGUCGGGAGCAAAGACAUGUCCACGUGGGUUUUCGGAGCUGAGCGCUGGGACAAUCUCAUCUACUAUGCGCUGGGAGGACACAAGGACGCGAUCGUGGCUUGCUUCUUUGAAUCCGGCAGCCUAGAUCUGUACACGAUCAGCCAGGACGGGGCCCUGUGUGUGUGGCAGUGUGACACCUCCCCCGAAGGCCUGAGGCCGAAAGCCCCCACGGGCUGGAAGGCAGAUCUGCUGCAGGGGGAAGAGGAGGAGGAGGAGGAGGAGCGGGAGGAGGAGACCACAGUCCGGGGGAAAACCGCACCGGCCCCGGAGGAGCAGCAGGGAAAAGUGAAAUACUCUCGGCUGGCCAAGUACUUUUUCAAUAAGGAGGGAGAUUUCAACAACCUGACUGCUGCCGCCUUUCACAAAAAGACCCACCUCUUGGUCACCGGCUUUGCUUCUGGAAUCUUCCACCUUCACGAGCUCCCCGAGUUCAACCUCAUCCACUCCCUGAGCGUCUCCGAUCAGAGGGUCGCCUCCAUCGCUGUCAACGGCUCCGGAGACUGGAUCGCCUUUGGCUGCGCAGGCCUGGGCCAGCUGCUGGUGUGGGAGUGGCAGAGUGAGUCCUACGUGCUCAAGCAGCAGGGCCAUUUCAACAGCAUGGUGUCUCUGGCCUACUCCCCCGACGGGCAGUACAUCGUCACCGGCGGGGAUGACGGCAAGGUCAAGGUGUGGAACACCCUCAGUGGCUUCUGCUUCGUCACUUUUACGGAGCACUCGAGUGGGGUCACCGGCGUGACCUUCACUGCCACUGGCUGUGUCAUCGUGACCUCUUCCAUGGAUGGGACCGUGCGUGCCUUUGACCUUCACAGGUACCGGAACUUCCGCACCUUCACGUCUCCACGGCCCACCCAGUUCUCCUGCGUGGCCGUGGACUGCAGCGGGGAGGUCGUUUCGGCCGGGGCACAGGACUCCUUCGAGGUCUUCAUCUGGUCCAUGCAGACGGGCAGGCUCCUGGACGUUCUGUCCGGCCACGAGGGCCCCAUCAGCAGUCUGUGCUUUAGCCCAGUGAAGUCCGUCCUGGCCAGCGCCUCCUGGGACAGGACGGUGCGCCUGUGGGACAUGGCAGACAGCUGGAGGACCACGGAGACGCUGGGCCUGACCUCAGAUGCCCUGGCUGUGACCUUCCGUCCCGACGGGGCAGAGUUGGCUGUCGCCACACUGAACUCACAGAUCACCUUCUGGGACCCCGAGAACGCCGUGCAGACGGGCUCCAUCGAGGGCAGGCACGACCUCAAGACGGGCAGGAAGGAGCUGGACAAGGUCACCGCCAAGCACUCGGCCAAGGGGAAGGCCUUCACUACUCUGUGCUACUCUGCGGAUGGCCAGAGCGUGCUGGCGGGAGGGAUGUCCAAGUUCGUGUGCAUCUAUCACGUCAAGGAGCAGAUCCUCAGGAAGAAGUUCGAGAUCUCCCGCAACCUCUCCCUGGACGCCAUGGAGGAAUUUCUGAACCGGAGGAAAAUGACAGAGUUUGGCAACCUGGCGCUAAUCGAUCAGGACGCCGGGGCAGAGGACGGAGUCGCGAUCCCAUUGCCGGGUGUGAAGAAAGGUGACAUGAGCUCUCGGCACUUGAAGCCUGAAAUCCGGGUGACUUCGCUUCGCUUCUCUCCCACAGGGCGCUGCUGGGCGGCCACCACCACCGAGGGGCUCCUCGUCUACUCCCUGGACGCCCAGAUGCUGUUUGACCCUUUUGAGCUGGACACCGACGUCACCCCCGCACGCAUCCGGGCGGCCGUGCGCCAGCAGGACUUGACCAGGGCCAUCCUCAUGGCCUUCCGGCUCAACGAGCGGACGCUGCUACAGGAGGUCCUGGAGUCGGUGCCCUGGGAUGAGGUCGAGGUUGUCAGCUCCUCGCUUCCUGAGCUGUACGUGGAGAAAGUGCUGGAGUUCUUGGCUUCCUCCUUCGAAGUGUCUCGCCACCUGGAAUUCUACCUCAUAUGGACUCAGAAAUUGCUCCUCGUGCACGGGCAGAAGCUGAAGUCUAGAGCAGGGAAGGUGCUGCCGGCCGUUCAGUUCCUUCAGAAGAGCAUCCAGCGGCACUUGGACAGUGUCUCCAAACUCUGUGACUGGAACCGCUAUAACAUCCAGUACGCUCUGGCAGUUUCCAAGCAGCGGGGCAUAAAGCGCCCCUCAGAGCCGCUGGGAAGCGAGGAGGAAGCGGAUGCGUCUGACGACGAUGACACUCUGCACCCACUCGGGGAAGGACAGGAAGACGGGGACAGACAGCUGGUGUAGAGCCGGCCGCGUUCGCCACCCCACAUCCCACGUGUUUUGGUUAAGACUCCCAGAGAGAUGGAAGCACGCGGCCUGGGCCCAGAAGCGAGUGGGAGGGCCGUCUGAGGGCUGCGGAGGUCCCCACGCCGGGACUCCUGUUCCCACGAGAACCAGACGUGCCAGCAGCGGCAGCGAGAGCGCAGGCUCGUCACACAGGCCCGGGGCCCGCGGUGUAACCGCGAACGUUGCUCAUCUGUUGAAAACGCCUUUUACAGAAGCAAAAGGGUUCAUUUUUAUAGACUCAAAUUUUGUAGGACUAUUAUUUAUAUUUUUAAUACUCUCGUGAUGACAUAUUUAGAGAUAAAAAAGAUGAGGUUUUGUACAUAAAAGUGGAUUAAAUCUGAACUCUGAA